AUGUCUACCUGUUGUAUAGCUACGGAUACCUCUAAUUUUGGCAAAUGGCAGGAUGAUUUAAAAUCUUCAAUUUUAAAAUAUUUAGAAACAGUUAAUCUUGAUAAUGAAGGUAAAUGGAAAAGGAUUGUUGUAAAUGAUGUAAUGAAAUUAUUUGCAAAUGCAUUAAAUAUAUAUGAUGUUUCUUUUGAUGUUAGUGAUGAUGAAUCAUCAGUUAACGAGAAAAAAUCUAUUGAUUAUAUUAUGGAUAAUGAAAAAGAUAAUGAUGAUACUAUUGAUAAUAUAGAUAAUAUAGAUGUUAAUGGUGUUAUAAAUGAAAUUAAAAAUGGAAAAAUAAAAACUAGAGAAUUAGAAUCAAAAUUUGGUCAUUCAUCAGCAGUUACCAUUCGUAGGAGGUAUAUUGAAGAUGUAACAAGUAAAUCAUUAAAUAACCUUCCAUAUACAAAUUAUGAUUAUUCAAUAGUUAAUGGUGCAUGUUGUGAAAAUGUUAUUGGUUUUAUGCCUAUUCCUACAGGAAUAGCUGGUCCUUUAUUAGUUAAUGAUGAAAUAAUGUAUAUACCUUUAUCAACAACAGAAGGAGCUCUUAUAGCAAGUACAAGUCGUGGAUGUAGAGCUGUAACAGAAUCUGGUGGAAUUAAAUCAUUUGUUAUUAAAGAUGGAAUGACUAGAGCACCAGUGGUAAAGUUUCCUACAAUAGUAGAAGCUUACAAAUUAAAAACAUGGAUUGAGGAAGAAAAAAAUUUUAUAGAUCUUAAAAAUGUUUUUGAAAGUACAUCAAGAUUUGCUAUCCUUAAUAAAAUUACUUGUGAUAUGGAAGGAGUAUAUAUUUAUAUUCGUUUUGAAGCAAGUACAGGAGAUGCUAUGGGAAUGAAUAUGGUUUCAAAAGCUGUUCAUGCAGCAAUGGAAUAUAUACAAAAAUUAUUUCCUAAUAUGAUUAUUCAAUCAUUAAGUGGAAAUCAAUGUGUUGAUAAAAAAGCUAGUGCAAUAAAUUGGAUAAAUGGAAGAGGAAAAUCUGUAAUUUCUGAAGCAAUUAUAAAAGCUGAUAUAGUUAAAAAUGUACUUAAAACAAAUGUUGAUUCAAUGGUUGAAUUAGCUAAAUCAAAAUUACUUAUUGGAACUUCAACAACAAUGACAAUUGGUGGUUGGAAUGCUCAUGCAGCAAAUAUUGUUGCUGCAUUAUUUUUAGCUACUGGACAGGAUGCAGCACAGGUUGUAUCAUCAUCAAUGUGCCUUACACAAAUGGAAAAAACAUUAAAUGGUGAUUUAUAUAUAUCAUGUACUAUGAAAUGUAUUGAAGUUGGUACUAUUGGUGGUGGAACAAUAUUAUCACCACAAAAAAGUUGCCUUAAUCUUCUUAAUUGUGAGGGUAGUAAUAUUCAGGAGCCUUCAAGUAAUUCCAAAAAACUUGCCGUAAUUAUAUGUUCAACUGUUCUUGCUGGUGAAUUAUCUUUAAUGGCAGCUCAAUGUUCUGAUGAUUUAGUUAGAAGUCACUUAAAAUUAAAUAGAUCAAAUUUAGCGUUAUCACAUGUAUCAUCAUUAAAUGUUCCUCAUAAUUUAAAAAAUACAUUAAAUAGAGAAAAAAGAAAUAAUAAAAAUACACCAUCUGAAUGUUCUUCAAUUUGUUCUGCAGUUGUACAUUUAGAUAAAACGGCAAAAAAGUUUGACUUAAAAUGUUCCAAUAUUUUAUAA